UCAACACGAACGGCAUCGCACAGAUAAAUGCGCCUCCCACUCCAAAAAGUCCUCUUCCUGCACGCACUGCCACGUUAGAGAGAAAACCUCCCGACAAACGCACCUUACACACACACACAGACAGAUCCGCUCCGCUCUCAACCCGUCGCCCGGCCUGAAACCAUGAUGCUGAAGCUGGUGCUGCUGUGCGCCCUGGCGGUGUCCGCGGAGAUCACGGAGGAAGAGGACGUGCUGGUGCUGAAGAAGACCAACUUCGAGGAGGCGCUCAAAGCGCACCCCAACAUCCUCGUCGAGUUUUAUGCACCAUGGUGCGGUCACUGCAAAGCCCUGGCGCCCGAAUAUGCCAAAGCUGCAGGACUGCUCAAAGCCGAGGGUUCAGACAUCCGUCUUGCCAAAGUGGACGCCACAGAAGAGACAGACCUCGCCCAGGAGUUUGGGGUGCGUGGCUAUCCCACCAUCAAAUUCUUCAAGGGAGGAGAGAAAAGUUCCCCCAAAGAAUAUUCAGCUGGACGGCAAGCUGACGACAUCGUGAACUGGCUGAAGAAGCGAACGGGGCCGGCGGCCGCCACACUGACAGAGGUCACGCAGGCUGAGUCACUCAUCGCUGACAACGAGGUCGCGGUCAUCGGCUUCUUCAAGGAUGUGGAGACGGAUGGUGCUAAGGCCUUUAUCAAAGCAGCAGAGGCCAUCGACGACAUUCCAUUCGGCAUCAGCUCAGACGAUGCCGUCUUCUCCAAGUUUGAGGUCACCAAAGAUGCCGUCGUGCUCUUCAAGAAGUUUGAUGAGGGCCGUAACACUUUUGAUGGAGAGCUCAGUAAGGAGAACCUCCUGACCUUCAUCCAGGCCAACCAGCUCCCACUGGUCAUCGAGUUCACAGAGCAGACGGCCCCCAAAAUUUUCGGAGGUGAUAUCAAAUCGCACAUUUUGCUCUUUGUGCCCAAAGCUAGCAAAGACUUCCAGGACAAGAUGGACAACUUCAGAAAAGCAGCCGAAGGCUUCAAGGGCAAGAUUCUCUUCAUCUUCAUCGACAGUGAUGUGGAUGAUAACCAGCGCAUCCUGGAGUUCUUUGGGCUGAAAAAGGAGGAGUGUCCCGCCCUGAGGCUCAUCACCCUGGAGGACGAGAUGACCAAAUACAAGCCAGAAACCUCAGAGAUCACAGCAGAAAACAUCAUUACUUUCUGUACAGCUUUUGUUGAGGGAAAACUCAAGCCUCAUCUUAUGAGCCAGGACAUUCCUGAGGAUUGGGACAAGAACCCAGUUAAGGUCCUGGUGGGCAAGAACUUUGAGGAAGUUGCCUUCGACCCCACCAAGAAUGUCUUUAUCGAGUUCUAUGCCCCCUGGUGCGGUCACUGCAAACAGCUGGCUCCUAUCUGGGACCAACUGGGAGCUAAAUAUAAGGACAGCAAAGACGUUGUGGUAGCCAAGAUGGACUCCACAGCCAACGAGAUCGAGGCUGUUAAAGUCCACAGUUUCCCUACGUUGAAAUUCUUCCCUGCUGGGGAGGAGCGUAAGAUAAUUGAUUACAGUGGGGAGAGGACGCUGGAGGGCUUUACAAAGUUCUUGGAGAGUGGUGGAAAGGAAGGAGGAGCACCAGCAGGAGAUGAUGAUGAUGAGGAUUCGGACCUUGAGGAUACCGACCUCGAGGAUGCGGAUGAUUCAGACGAAGGACAUGAUGAUGAAGGGCACGAUGAGUUAUAAGGGUGGGCGGGAGAGAGAGAGGAGGACACGAGGAGACAAAACCCCUUCACCACCACCACUUCCACUCUAACGCACCCUCCCCGUCCUGGGAAACCUCAAGCUUCUCCUAGUCAACCCCACAGCUGCCGGGCAUCCGCUCGCAUCCCGCCGCUACUACAACCGUUUCCAUCCUGACGGUCUCCAGCCCGAACUCUUCUUACCACUGGACCUCAAAGAAUAAAAAAAAAAGUUUCAGGUCGUUUAUGGAACGCGUUUAGCACUUCUAUUAGGAGACCCACCUGCUUAACCUCAGUGUUGGCAUUUAAGCUCGUUUAUCCUCAGAUUUUUGAGGUUUUUAAUCUUCUAAUUAGCCGCUCUACCUGCCCACCACCUCACUAAUUAGUUUAAUUUGACAUCUAAUCUUGCAUAGGGAGCGGAGUUGGAAAGGAAUGCCAGCUUAGUUCAUUUUUUUUCCUCUAGAAAGGAGUGGACGAGUGUACGGUGGCUGGAAUGGACGGAUUUCUCAGGGCACCGGGGCCACAUUCAGUAGGAGAUUGAUCAAACCAUUACAUUCUGUUCAGAGCGGGCCAUUGCGAUACAAAUGCAGGUGUAGCCGAGACCAAGCUGAGGUAGUUUCCCUUUUCUUGCUUUUUGAUUUUCUACUAUAGUCUCUUUCAGUUUUCUCCCAAAUCAUUAAAGGAAAAGCUCAACCAUACAUGCUAAUUAAACUGACGGUGAAUGAGAGCCACUAGCCGCCAAUUAGCAUGAUGUCAUUUUCAUAACACUAAUUACUGGCUGUUCGCCAUCAUUCAUUGUUAGCAGUAUAAGCAUUAGUGACUGAGCUGUCCCUUUUAAUGUCUGGCUACUGAAUUAUUUUUAAUGAUAUGUUUGUUUUAUUUAAUUCUAAUUAAGUUUCCAGUUGUUUCUCUUUGAAUGGGUUUUUGUGUAAGGGCCUGUGGCCCUCUUGGUCUCAGAAGGAAAGCGCAAAAAAACAAUUCUGUAGCACUUCAUUACGCCAGCAGAGAUUUCAUAUCAGUUACUGAAGAGGCGACAGUUCAUAGUUGGGAAUAAUUCCAUUAGUUCAUCCUUUUCCUUUUUAUCCCAUCCUUUAAUCUCCCUCGUCCUUGCGGCGGUUUGCGCCGAGGCGGUUCUGUCUGUGUGGUCAGUAAAACGGGGAGGGAACAAUGCAGGAAAAUGCUAAGGCUACCUUGAUCAGCGUGUCGUUUUGUUUAGUCUUUCACACGUCCAGGGACAGGGUUGUGAAUAUAUUCUGUUGUUCUGUUCA